AAAACGGAGAACUGCGUGCAGUGAUCAAAGCAAUCUGAAAAUGAAGUUCUCUCUGAUCGUUCUGUGUGCAGCAAUCGGCGCUCUCCAAGCAACGCCUGACAAUCGUAUCAUUAACGGCGAGGAGGCCUACGAUGGACAGUUUCCGUACAUCGUUUCCAUCCGCAACGUGCAGGAAGUCAUGCACAUUUGCGGCGCAUCCAUUUUGGACGAGAGCACGAUUUUGACUGCAGCUCACUGCGUCUAUGGAGUUAGUCCCUACGUGAUGACCGUCAUCGCCGGAACAAUUUCCCCCGAUCUCGGCGGUGGUCAGGAGCGUCAGGUGUCUUACUACACCAUCCACGAGUACUACAACCCAUCCAACUUGGACAACGAUAUUGCUAUAAUCAAACUGGAAACUCCGUUGACUAUCGGACCGAACGUGCAGCCAGUUCUUUUGCCAAUCGACAGUAUUGUUGGUAACAUGAAUGUUAUACUCAGCGGCUGGGGAAUGACCAGUUAUCCAGUCGGACAAUCUCCGGAGAUUCUCCAGUUUAUGUACAUGAGAACUGUUGAGUUGGACGAGUGCAGGAAGAGACAUUCCACCAAGGUUUUGGAUUCGCACGUCUGCACUUUCAUCGCUGAUGGACAAGGCGUGUGCCAUGGCGAUUCCGGUGGUCCUCUGGUCGAUACAUACGGAUAUCAAGUUGGAAUCGUAUCUUGGGCCAUCCCGUGCGCUGUCGGUUAUCCCGACGUCUUCACCAGGGUUUACUCCUUCUUGGACUGGAUCCAAACCCAUCGCUACUAAACGCUUGAUAACGACACUUAAUAAAUGACAACAAACUGCAGAGAA